GUGAGUGGGGCUUCUGCGCAUGCGCGGGAGGGGACGGGGCAGGUGCCGCGUGUAGUUCCGCGUGCGGUACCGGUCCGAUACCGGUCCGUUGCUGUCCGCGUCUGCGCAGCUCUCCCCUCAGCUCCGCACUACCCGGGCCGUGAGGCGCUGUGGGCCCCUGUCACUCUGGGCCCCCGGCUCCGACAGGGCCCUGCCCUCUCAAGGAGGCGGCUCUCAGGGCAUUGCUGGGGCCUGUCCGUGCUGCUGAGCCGCCAUCAGAGGGCUCCGGGGAGCGCUGCCUGCCCCGGGCCGCGCCGCGGGCACCCGGCGAUGGCACAGCGGCCAUGAGGAUCAACCAGAACACGGUGCUGCAGGGCAAGAAGGUGACGCUGGUGCCAUACACCUCAGCACAUGUGCCCCGGUACCAUCAGUGGAUGCAGUCAGAGGAGCUGCAGCGCCUGACCGCUUCUGAACCACUGAGCCUGGAGCAGGAGUACGAGAUGCAGCGCAGCUGGCGGGACGACGCAGACAAGUGCACCUUCAUCGUGCUGGACGCGGAGCGGUGGUCUGAGCAGGCACGUGGGGAUGAGGACUGCAUGGUGGGGGAUGUGAAUCUGUUCCUCACUGACACUGAGGAUCCAACUUUGGGCGAGAUUGAAAUAAUGAUUGCAGAACCCAGCUAUCGAGGCAGAGGAUUUGGCAAGGAGGCGACUCUGAUGAUGAUGUCCUAUGGAGUGACAGAUCUGGGCAUCACCAAAUUUGAGGCUAAGAUUGGUCAGGAAAAUGAAGCCAGUAUCUGCAUGUUCAAGAAGCUUCAUUUUAAAGAGGUUUCUGUGAACAGUGUUUUCCAAGAGGUGACACUGAGGCUGGAUGUCAGUGACCAAGAGAAGCAAUGGCUCCUGGACCAGACAAACCAUGUGAAGAAGAGAAGCUACAUUGAAGUGAAGCUGCCAGCUGGGGUGCUGGAGAGCUGACAGCCAGAACCAGACACAAACCUGGUUUCCAGGGAAAAGCUGGACCUUGCUGUGAGGUCUGAGCGUGAAUGACAGGGCUGCACGUGACUGUUUGGUCUGUUUCCUUUGUCAUCUUGUCACUUUUCCACUUUGUUGCAACAGCUAAGAAUACUGCCUGAAGUUUGGACCUGGAGAACAGCCACUAAUUCAGACUUGGUUAGCAAUGACUCCGUGACUUUAACGUGCUGUUCCAGGAGGGCCUAAAAUCACCAGCAGUUAAUUGAUUCCUGGUGCAACCAGUUUCUGGACAAGCAGCGACCCGUGUUCCUGCUUCCACUGCCCUCAGAGCAAGAUUUGUCACUGUUGCAGAGGAAGUCUGAGUCCUCUGGAAGCUUAAUCUGUUUUCUAUUAAAUAAUAACAAAAAAUAAAAAUCUGAGGUCCCUCUGAAAGCAA